AUGUCUAUCUCUUCCAUGUCCACGAUGAACGGCAAUGCUGAAGCCUUUGCGGCGGCAGAGAGGGAGCCGACAAUACAGGAACUCUUUGCUCCACGCAUCAGAGAGCGCGAGUCGAUAUCACCUGAUCAAGCUCUCAUACACAUGUUUAAGGUAAUGAUGGGUACGGGAAUGUUAUCACUUCCAUUAGCUUUCACCCAUUCCGGGCUUUGGACUUUGGCCACACUAGCGGUGAUAGGCAAUGUAAUUUACCUGACUGCUGUGUGCAUCGUCCCCCAACAGUUAUUCCAAAUCGAAUGCCCAAGCCGGUCUCUACUAGCAGUUGCUAAUUGGUCUGUACUUCAAUUGUUUUUCGGCACUGUCAUGUUCGCAUUUGAAGGAGUACAGUGGUAA